CGUUCUUGCUUGCUUUAAUAGCAUUUAACCUGUAUAUAGGGUAUAAGUAAAAGUUUCUUUGAGAGAAACAGCAGCCAGAAGUGGUUUACUUAGCUUCCCAAAGCUUUCUCCUGAGCGGAUGCCAGUGUCCGAACGACCCAAACCAAGUUACUGUGUAGGAUCUAUAAUAAAGCCAUAUUCUGGAUCUAGACGGGCCAAUAUACGGACCAGGUCCAUUGCAGCUAUGGAAGGAAACAUAUUACGACGAGUGCUGGAGGUGAUGAAAUUCGUGGCAGUGGUUAUCUCUUUUCUGCAGUAUACAUCUGCAAAUGCCGACACCACCACAAUAAAUCUCGGGGAAGACGCUACCACUGUCAUUUCGUCCCCAAACUAUCCAUCCAACUACAAUUCGAACCUCGACCUCAAUUGGGUGGUUACGGCUCCAGAAGGUUACAUCCUCGAACUACAGAUGCUAGACCUGUCCCUCGAGUCCGGAUACGACUUCCUUUGCAUCGGUUACGGUCUCGGUCCCGAUGAACCUGGUUCCUGGGAGCUCCUGAAACUGACCGGUUCGGAUAUCCCCAGUGGAACAGCUACACCCGGUCACACGAUGUGGCUCAGAAUGACGACGGAUGUUUCAAACGACGACCAAGGCUUCAGUGUUCGCGUGACAGCCAUGACCAAUCCUGGAUGCAGCAGUGAUGAAAUCGAGUGCUCCAGUGGACUCUGUGUCAGCGAAUCUGUAAGAUGUGAUGGAAAUAACGAUUGUUUUGACUUUACUGAUGAGGAAUACUGUCCUAUCUGUGAACAAGUUCGAUUCGAUCCCUGUCGAGAGAACCUGGCCUACAAUUUGACGUUUUUCCCGAAUCGCGAUGCAGAGUCGGCUGAGGAUGCACAAGGAAGCUUCACACAAAUCGCUGCUGCUAUCUCAUCUUGCCACGAUCUUCUGUUCCCGUUCCUGUGCUCUGUGUAUUACCCAGAAUGUCCCCACAACGGCCCAACCCAUCGCAUGUGUUACUCUGACUGUAUGGCAGUCACUGAUGCAUGUCAGGCAUCCUUUGAGCAAACCCUCGAUCGUCCAUGGCCUGUCAACUGCUCAGUGUUUACCGAUGAACAGGAAGAAGAUGGAAGCUGUUUCGGUCCUUCUGGAGAUCUUCUUGAUACUGAUAUUUGCGGGACUCGUCCUGGAUACGUCCCGAGCCAAUACAGGAUUGUUGGUGGUAUUAACGCGCGCCGAGGCGAAUUUCCAUGGAUCGGCUCGCUACGAAGUGGAAGUGAAGAAAGUGAUGAAUAUGGCGGACAUAUUUGUGGGUCUACCCUUAUCAGCUCCCAGUGGGUUCUCACCGCCGCUCACUGCGUUGAACUCUACGUAGACCGUGUAGUUUUCGGGAACACGUACUUGACGAGUGACUCUGACGCCGAGGUAUCUGUCGAGGUGGCUGACGUUUUUAUACAUCCCGAGUACGACAUCUACAAUAUCCUUAAUGACCUUGCUCUGAUACGACUUGCGGAACCUGUAACCUUCAGUGACUACGUUAGACCAGCCUGUCUGGCGGAAUCCUCUGAUGAACUUAACGCCUAUCGUCGUUGUUUGAUUGCUGGAUGGGGAAUUAUCCAGGAAGGCACAGACCCACUGUCACCUAGCUUGAGGAAGGCAGUCGUCAACCUUCUUGACCGAGAAUGGUGCGAUUCCGAAUUCUCGUACAAUGGAACACUGACAGAAGCAACGAUAUGUGCUGGUUAUGAAGAAGGCGGCAUCGAUACUUGCCAGGGAGACAGUGGUGGUCCUUUAACCUGUGAAGGUGAUGACGGUCGAUGGCACUUGGUAGGAGCAACAAGCUUCGGAAAAGGAUGCGCGAGAGAACUCUUCCCUGGAGUUUACACCCGAAUCUCACCAUUCCAGUCAUUCAUUACAGCAGUAGUUUCGGGGGCAAUAUCACCUGGUGUUUUUGAAAUCAACCUUGAGCGAGGGACACCAGUGACCAUUACGUCUCCGAACUACCCCUACCCGUACAACGUUGGCGAUAUCAUCGUCUGGAAGGUAUCGGCACCUGUCAAUCACAGCGUCCGAAUGGACAUCGUCGACUUCGCUACUGAGCCUGCUUACGACUUUUUGUUCGUUGGUGACGGACUUACACCGCUGACUUACACUGAGCUUGCCAGGCUAGACGGCUAUGAUUUAAGACCAAGUUUGACGUCACAUGGCCGUCAUAUGUGGAUGAAGUUCAGCAGUGAUGUAUUUUAUACAGAGAGGGGGUUUGAAUUGACUCUGAACGCUGUGGAUCCAAGAGAUGAUAAUCCCGUUAUAUUGGUGGAUGAUACAAUGGUUCAACAGAUCCAAUCACCAGACUUUCCUCUUGAACCAAGCAACAACUUGUACAAUGUUUGGCGGAUCAAGGCUCCUCAGAAUUACAGCGUGAGGGCGCACUUUGAAUUCUUCAAUCUAACCUUUGGGUCUUAUCUAACAGUAGGCCACGGUCCUAGUCUUCUAACUUCCUCAAUCCAGCGGGAAUUAACUGGGAGUGAAAUACCAGAAGACAUAACAUCCCCUGGCCAGGAGAUGUGGUUUAGAUUUGUGACCGACAAUGGAUUCACCAGCAGAAGAAAACGAAGAGCGGUUGAGCCACUCACUGGAAAUGGGUUCUUGGUUAACCUCACUGCAGAAAGGACAGAAGAUAUCAAUGAAUGCUCGAGCAACCCGUGUGACAAUGGAGGAACUUGUACUGACCUUCUUGGAGGUUUCCAGUGCUUCUGCCCAGAUGGGUUCAAGGGUGAAUACUGUCAAAGCGAGGUUGACGAGUGCAUGAGCAAUCCAUGCCAAAACAAUGCCACUUGCGAAGACAGAAUCAACAACUUCACAUGUAUCUGUCCUAGUGGUAUGACUGGUGUGUAUUGCGAGACUGUCGUGGCAGAUCCAUGUUGUGAUGACCCCUGUACAAAUGGAGGUACUUGUAUGACAGUCGGACUAAGUUAUCAGUGUCAAUGUGCUUCCGGUUUUACAGGUCCACGAUGUGAAACAGUCGUUGCAUGCAGCAGCAACCCGUGUCAGAAUGGAGGCUCUUGUUCACCUAGUGGGGCAGGGUAUACGUGCAUGUGUGCUUCUGGGUUCACUGGGCAGAAUUGUGAGACCAUAAUGAUUGGUCCUUGUCAAAGCAACCCUUGCAGUGGAGCUGCCAGCUGCGAGGAAUAUGGGGGAAGCUAUAGAUGUGUAUGCAGGCAAGGAUUUACCGGGUACAACUGUGACAUUGAUGUUAACGAGUGUUCAAGUCUUCCAUGCCAGAAUGGAGGUCGAUGUAUCAACGGCGAGGGACGAUACACCUGUCAAUGUCGUACGGGAUACUCCGGCGUCAACUGCGAACAGGUUGGUUACUGCGAUUUAGAAGGGGAGUGGUACAACGAAUGCAACGACAGGAUUAUUAUCACCAUGACAUCUAGUGGACUUCUUCUAGGAGAAUAUAUGACCAAUGAAGAGAUCACUUUAGGCUUCUCUGCACCUACAGUAGUGGUGGGCUAUGCCAACCAGAACAAGGAUUUCCCAACCUUUGGGUUCCUAGUCGGUAGAAAUAACGGUCAGUCUACUACCAGCUGGUCUGGUCAAUGUCAACUCUGUGGCGGGGAAGAAGUCCUUUAUACGACUUGGACGACUGCCAUUGAAGCAAGCACGUGUUCAGACAUCAAACGAUCUACUCGAUUGGGGCAAGACAGAUGGACCCGAUAUCGGCAAAGUAUAGCACCGCAAAGAAAUAUUUAGCAAAGUUGAAAUCACUGACUCGUUUUCUUAACUCCAUUUUAACUGUAACAGUGGUCUACGGGUAACUAAAUUUGACUCAAGCCUUCAACAAGUAAGGGUCGAUUUACUAUUUCAACUUAAACCAUGGACUACGGAUAGCCACAUUUGACAAAUAUGAUAAAUAGUUGAUGAUCGUUUUACUACAUCAUAUUUUAAACCUUAAGCAUGGAUCUGAGUUACCAAAUGUCACUCAAACAGUUGAUGUAAAUUUAUUGAAAUUGUCUGGCAUUCAUAAGAUCAACGGUUUCCCUUAUCGUUUAACCAUUAGAACGGAAUGCAGUAAACAUAUAGAAAAUAAAAUUUAAACAAAGGUUUGACACAUUUGGCUUCCCAUAGGUUUGGCAAAGAUUAAGACUGUAGGUUGAUAAAACCAUUGGUCUGGGCAUGGUCCACCCAGGUAUGUAUGCAAUGUGUAUAAGCAAUUUGGACCAUAAAUAUAUUUGAACAUGUGGGCACUUCAUAUUUUUUUUUACAAAUUAUUGCAACUACCCACAGGUCUUUCGGGUUCUUCAGAAAUCAUGUUUGCCUCAUUUCUUAAGGAUUCUAAAUGUUUUUUGGAAGGUUAUGUCCGUCAAUGAAUUUUAUGUGUAAAUAUUGUUUUUGACGACUUUCUGUCUUUUUAUGAUAUCAUCAUAAUCAGUCAAAAUGGUAAACCCACAAUUACACUUGUCGUGAAAAUCACACCAAAACGUCACGCGAGAUUAACCUAAAUCUUAAGAGUCAAAGGAAGGAUUCUUUGACAGGUAAAUACCAAAUAUCGUAAAGCAAACACCAGAAAUUCGCUUCUAACAUUUGCUCUACUUGCGUCAUAAUGAAAUGGCUGAUUGCACAAUAAUACACAUGAAUCUGCCUGUGUUAACUGCAGUAAUAUGUUCGACUUUGUCAUGAACAUAUUUUGUUUGCAUAUUGUGGUGUGAAAUAAUGC